AAUUGCCAAGCAACCCACUGUUGGCCAAUCACAGAGCUCAAAGGUGAUGUCAUGGCGAGAGCCGAGCAGUGGUGCUGAUGUGGAGAGAAGCCCAGGGUACCACUAAUUGAGGGAGUGAGGAAGGGAGCAGCUCGCUUCUAACUGGACUGCAGAUUUGUGACAGCGUCCUGAGCUGGUGACAGACCUAUUCUGUGACUUGCAGCCAGAUUUCAGCUCUCACAUUCCAGAAAACAUGACUCUCGCUGCCUACAAAGAGAAGAUGAAGGAGCUCCCACUGGUGUCAUUGUUUUGCUCCUGUUUCCUGGCCGAUCCCCUCAAUAAGUCCUCCUAUAAAUAUGAAGGCUGGUGUGGGAGACAGUGUAGGAGAAAAGAUGAAAGCCAGCGGAAAGACAGUGCUGACUGGAGAGAAAGAAGAGAGCAGGCAGACACGGUGGACCUGAACUGGUGUGUCAUUUCUGACAUGGAAGUCAUCGAACUGAACAAAUGCACCUCCGGCCAGUCCUUCGAAGUCAUCCUGAAGCCACCCUCCUUCGACGGGGUGCCCGAGUUCAACGCCUCCCUGCCCAGGCGGAGAGACCCGUCGCUGGAAGAGAUACAGAAGAAACUAGAAGCAGCUGAAGAGCGAAGGAAGUAUCAGGAAGCUGAGCUCCUGAAGCACCUGGCAGAGAAACGGGAACACGAGCGGGAAGUGAUCCAAAAAGCCAUUGAGGAAAACAACAACUUCAUCAAGAUGGCUAAAGAAAAACUGGCCCAGAAGAUGGAAUCCAAUAAGGAGAACCGAGAGGCCCACCUCGCCGCCAUGUUGGAACGGCUGCAAGAGAAGGACAAGCACGCGGAAGAGGUGCGGAAAAACAAGGAGCUGAAGGAAGAGGCCUCUAGGUAAAGCCCAGAGGCCAAAGAAGUUUCCAGAACAGCCGGACAGCUGCAGCAGCUCCGCAGUUCCCGAGGCAGCCUCACCCACCGCCGGCUGCCCUCGCAGCACUGGGGAUUGGGGGGAGGGGGGUGGCCAGGGUGUUCCCUCUGCUUUUGGUGUUUGUACAUGUAAAGAAUUGACCAGUGAAGCCAUCCUAUUUGUUUCUGGGGAACAAUGAUGGGGUGGGAGAGGGGCGAGGAGAGAAGCGGGGAAAGGGAGAUGGAGGAGGACUCGUGGACACUGCAAGCCUGCCCACCGCAGGCUCAGGUCAAGUCCUCGACUCUUCUUGACCGUGAGCAUCCAGGCACCGUGUCGAGAGAAGGUGAAAGUGGAGCAGAAGUCCGAGUGAAGGACAGAGUCCUGGGUGGGGCAGUGGCUGCAGGGUGUGGCCAGAGAAGCCCAGUGAGGGGGUGGGGGGCCCAGAGGUGUUGCUUCAGCCCUGCACCCGUGGGAUGAGGUCUGAGUGUGUGUGUGUUCGCCGUCAUCUUUUGAUCAUCACGACCAAUGAAACAUUUA